CACUUUUUGCCUGAUCUUGCAACGAAGCCAUUUCCGUGCUGACCAGUCCAGCGGUGUUCCUCAGAAAAGCAUCUGAAAUCAAGGAUAUGGAGGAGACCACUACUGCUAAAAAGCAUUGUUAUGAGAACAGAGAGGAGGGAGGUGCACCAUGUCCCAGCUGUGUGUCAAUGAAUCCAACCGAAAACUUCAGAACUGGAGCUGUGAAUCCUGAAGCCAUGUUCUGCAGUGAGAAAAAUGAAGUUAAUGGAGACCUGCAGGAUUCUGACCAAGCAGUGGAUGAUGCCAUUAAAACAGUCAAAGCCUCUCAUAAAACCAGAAUGAAGAACAAGCAUGAGCGCUUAUUUGAGGGACUCAAACAACAAGAGAAUGCAACCCUCCUAAACAGGAUCUACACACAGCUCUACAUCAUAGAGGGAGAGAGAGAAGGGGUGAAUGAAGAACACGAGGUUUUACAGAUGGAGACAAGAGCCAGAACACAAGACACUAAAAUCUACUGCAAUGACAUCUUUAAACCUUCACCUAAACCAGCAUGUGAGGAAGAAGACAAAAUAAAGACUGUUCUUACAAAAGGCAUCGCUGGAAUUGGAAAAACUGUCUCUGUGCAGAAGUUCAUUUUGGACUGGGCAGAGGAAAAAGCCAAUCAUGAUGUGGAUUUCAUGUUUGUGCUUCCAUUUCGAGAGCUGAACUUGAUUAAAGAUGAUCAGUACAGUCUUCAUAAACUUCUGCUGGACUUUCAUCCCGAACUUAAAGAUCUGCCCCCAAAGAUUUAUGAAGAAUGUAAAGUUGUGUUCAUCUUUGAUGGUCUGGAUGAAAGCAUUUUAACACUUACGUUUUCAGAUGCUCAAAAGGUUUGUGAUGGGACUGAGACUUCAUCAGUGGGUGUGUUGAUGUCAAACCUCAUCAGAGGUGAUCUGCUUCCCUCUGCUCUCAUCUGGAUCACCUCAGACCAGCAGCAGCCAAUCAGAUCCCUUCAGAAUACAUCAACCGUCUGACAGAAAUUCAGGGAUUCAGUGACCCCCAGAAGGAGGAAUAUUUCAGGAAGAGAAUCAGUGAUGAGAAUCAAGUCAGACAAAAUCAUCUUACACAUCAGAAAAUCAAGAAGCCUCCACAUUAUGUGUCACAUCCCUGUCUUCUGCUGGGUCUCAUCUACUGUGCUUCAAAACAUCCUGAAACAAAAUAUCAAUGCAGAAAUCCCUCAAACUCUGACUGAAAUGUACAUCCACUUCCUGCUUAUUCAGAUCAACACUAGGAAUCAGAAAUAUGAAGAGAGGGAUCCAGAGAAACUCUUGCAGUUCAACAUAGAAGUGAUUGUGAAACUUGCUAAAUUGGCUUAUAAUCAGCUGAUGAAGGGCAAUGUGAUGUUCUAUGAGGAGGACCUGAUUGAGAGCAGCAUAGAUGUCACUGAAGCAUCAGUGUAUUCUGGGAUUUGCACCGAGAUCUUUAAAAAGGAAACUGUAAUCCAUUGGAGAAAAGUCUACAGCUUUAUUCAUCUGAGCUUUCAAGAGUUUCUAGCAGCUCUCUAUGUGUUUUACUGCCACAUUCACAAUGACAAGGAAGUACUGAAGUCAUUUUACAAAUCUGAGCAAAUUUCUUUGUACAUGCUGUUUAAAGGAGCAGUUGAUAAAUCAUUGCAGACUGGAUGCUUGGAUCUUUUCCUUCGCUUCCUGCUGGGCAUCUCACUGGAAUCCAAUCAGAUACUCUUAGAUGAUCUACUGACAUACACAGAGAACAACACAGGGGCCAUAUAUUUGGUCUCAUUGUAUAUUAAAGAGAAAAUUAUUGGUGAUGAACCACUUUCAUCUGAUAAAUCUAACAAUCUGUUCCUCUGCCUGCUGGAACUGAAUAAUCAGUCGAGAAUUCAAGAAAUUGUGAAUUCAGAUGAACUCUUAUAUAGGAUACUCUUAGAUGAUCUACUGAUCAGAUACUCUUAGAUGAUCUACUGACAUACACAGAGAACAACACAGGGGCCAUAUAUUUG